AUGACCAGUCGAGUCGUGUGGCGUGUUCGGACGUCAUCAGACGAAUCGCCUGGUGACUUCAACGCUUCGUCUGCCGUGUUUCGGUGCGUCUUGCACGCACAUCCAUUCAAGUGCAAACUAACGGCUCAGGCCUUACACAGCGUCCAGAAAGGCAGCACCGUUGCAGACUAUGAACACAAAGAAACAGCCUUUCACCGUCUCUCAUCGGCCGUGUAA